AUUCUGACUUGGGUUGGGGGUAGCUGUAUUGAUGGAGAAUUGGAUUUAAAUUAUGAUACGUUUGUGUGUCUCUGUGAGGGACGUCAGGACUGGGAGAAGGGAUGGACCAGCAGAAAUCGAACUGCGAGGAGAAUGAUUCUGAACCGGCAGCUGAUGACAGCACUCCCCCAGAGCAGGCUGCUCCACCUGAGGGGGAGCCAGAACCCCCGGAGACCCCCAUGGAAACUUCUAGUGCACCUGUCAGGGUCUGUGCUCUGUGUAACUGUGAGGAGCGGAGUCUGCACGGACAGAGGGAGCUCCGGCAGUUCGGCCCGUGCCCUGACUGGUCACCCCCGGAGGAGCGAGCUGCUGAACCCCUGGGCUCCAGGAGUGAUGAUCUGUCUUCCAUCGGCUUCCCCGACCUCACCACCCCAACUUCACUCUUUGACGACACUGGGCACUGCUGGGUCCACCACUGGUGUGCAGUGUGGUCAGAGGGGGUCAGACACGUGGAGGGUCAGGAGCUGGAGAACGUGGCUCAAGCCGUCAUCUCAGGGAUACAACAGCGAUGUGAAUACUGUAAAAGGCUGGGCGCUACCAUCCGGUGCCAGGCAGAAGGCUGCUCCAAGCUCUACCACUUCCCCUGCUCAGCAGCCAGCGGCUCCUUCCAGUCCAUGAAGCAGCUGGCCCUCCUAUGUCCAGAGCACAUAGACAGAGCGGUGGAGAUAGCGGGCGAGGAGGCGCGGUGCGCUGUGUGCGACUCGGCGGGGGAGCUGCCGGGCCUGCUGUUCUGCACAGGCUGCGGCCAGCACUACCACGCAGGCUGCCUGGAGAUCAGCGCAACGCCCCUCCAGCGCUCCGGGUGGCAGUGUCCUGAGUGCAAGGUGUGCCAGACCUGCAGGCAACCUGGUGAGGACUCCAUGAUGCUUGUGUGUGAUGCAUGUGACAAGGGCUACCACACCUUCUGCCUCCAGCCAGCCAUGGAAUCUCUACCGUCUGACCCCUGGAAGUGCAGGAGGUGUCGUGUGUGCAGUGACUGUGGCGUGGGGGGCUGGUCCUUGCCGGGAUCCGCCCAGUGGUUUGUGAACUACACCCUCUGUGAAGGCUGCCAUCAUCAGCGGAGCUCCUCCUGCUCCGGGUGCGGCAAGGCCGCCGAGCCCUCUGCCACCCUGCUCAGCUGCCACAGGUGCUACAGAUCGGUGCACAGCCAGUGUGCUUCUCUGGCAGACUCCACUGAGGGAGUAUACACCUGCUACCUUUGCCAAGAACCACACGUGGAAUGCACUGUAGAGGCCAGUGUGCUAGCCAGCCAGAUAGGGGCAGAGGUUGAGGCCAGUGAAAACGCACCAAUGGAGCAAGGCACAGAGGCUGAAGUGGGUGAUGUCAGUAUGGUUGAUGUCACUGUGAUGGAAGAGUCACAGCAGAAAGAGACCAAAGACCCUUCGGAGCAGCUCUCAGCGCAAGCUGAGGUUACAGAAGAAAGUGCAACUAGAGAACUAAGUUCUUCCUCUGCUACUGCUGGUGAAGAAGAAAUUAUGGAAGAGGCUCAAAGUCAACUCCCACCAGACACAACAGCCCCUCCUACAUCUACAGCUUCAGUCACAACAGCCACAUCUCCUCCUACACCUGUAGCACCAGCGACAGCAACAUCCACAACUUCAAAUACAACAGCUUCAGCCUCUCCUCCAACAGUUUCAGCUACAACAACUGCUUCAGCUCCUUCGUCACCUACAGCUUCAGCUACGACAGCCACAGACUCUUCUACACCCAUAGUCUCAGCUACAACAACUGCUACAACUCCUUCUCCACCCAUGGUUUCAGCUGCAGCAGCAGCUACAGCCCCUCGUACACUUGUAGCACCAGCUACAGCAAUACCCACAACCCCGAACACAACAGCCACAGCCCCUCCUAUACCUACAGCUUCAGUCACAACAACAGCUUCAGCCUCUUCUACACCCAUAACAACCACAUCCCCUCCUAUACCCACAGCGUCAGCUACAACAACAGCCACAGUCUCUCAUACACCCACAGGCUCUGCUACAGUAACAACCAAAGCCUCUCCACCAUCAACAAUUUCCGGUAGAACAGCGAUCACAGCCCCUGCUACAGCUCCAUCUCCUGCUGUAGCAGCAGAACCCUCUGCUUCAACAUCGAAAGCCCCUGCUACACCCCUGGCCCCUGCUUCUACAGUGGAAGCCCCUGCUACACCCCUGGCCCCUGCUUCUACAGUGGAAGCCCCUGCUAUACCCCUGGCCCCUGCUUCUACAGUGGAAGCCCCUGCUAUACCCCUGGCCCCUGCUUCAAUGACAGAAGCCCCAGCUACACCCCUGGCUUCUGCUUCAACAGCGGAAGCCCCUGCUACACCCCUGGCCCCUGCUUCAACAGCAGAAACCCCUGCUACAGUCUUGGCUGCUGCUUCAACAGCAGAAGCUCCUACCACAGCAGAAGCUCUUCCUACUACAACAGCAGCCACCCCUGCUACAACUCCAGCCCCAUGUAAAGCAGAAGAGGGCCCAGCUGCCCCAGCUGCCGCCCCAGUUCCAUCCUCAGCCCCUGCUGCAACAGACAGGGCAGAACCAGGACCAGAAGAUAACACAGCAGCAACCGAAAUGCAGAGUGACGCUGAGCCAACAGCAGAAGUCGGAGCCUGCUCUUUCCCUGCAGGAGAGGCACAGGGAGAAGAACCCGAGGAGAGUCCGCACUGUAGUGAGGCUUCCAUUCCAACCGCACCUGAUCCUUCAACCCCUUCCUCUGACCCCAAAGAGGAGUCCGUUCCUAUGGAAGGGGUGGAGUCACAGCCAGAGGACACACCCAGGGCGGAGCUGAGGACCAGCCCUUGCGCCUCUGAGGAAGAGGCCCCGCUUGCUGUCAAAAUGGAGUCCGGGACGACGCAGUUUGAAGAGGAGGAGGAGCCCAGGCUGGAAAAGGAGGAACCCGACGCCGGUGCAGAGGUCAAGCCUGAGCCGGAACCCCAGGAGGAAGGGGCCAAGGCCGAGCUCUUCCUGGACGAGACGUCCAACCUGAGCCACGGGGAUGGCAGCAGCAGCGGCUUCCUGGGCUCGCCCGCGGAGCCGGACUCCCAGUCCGUUUCCAUGGACAUGAGCCUGGUGCCCGUGCACCGGGCUCGCUCCGACUCCCUGCUCACGGAGACCGAUGACUCGCUGCCCUUUGACCCCUUGAAACCGGAUGGAGAUAAGAUUAAGCGCAGGGGCUCUCCCGGGCGCUCCCGUAUCAAGCAGGGGCGUAGCAGCAGUUUCCCUGGGAAACGCCGUCCUCGUGGAGGCGGGAGUGGGCGGGGCCGGGGGCGCUCACGCCUCAAAGCCAUGGCGUCCUGCAUCGAGGCCUUCUUGCAAUGCGUGGAUACUAACACGGGAGUGGGCAAGGAAGAAGAGGAGGAGGAAGAUGACACCAUGCAGAACACCGUUGUGCUUUUCUCCAACACAGACAAAUUUGUCCUCUUACAGGACAUGUGUGUGGUGUGUGGCAGUUUUGGGCGGGGCGUGGAGGGGCAGCUGCUUGCCUGUGCACAGUGCGCUCAGUGUUACCACCCCUACUGCGUCAACAGCAAGAUCACCAAGGUGAUGCUGAACAAGGGGUGGCGCUGCCUGGAGUGCAUCGUGUGUGAGGCGUGCGGCGAGGCGUCCGACCCCGCCCGCCUGCUGCUGUGUGACGACUGCGACGUCAGCUACCACACCUACUGCCUGGACCCGCCCCUGCACACCGUGCCCAAGGGGGGCUGGAAGUGCAAGUGGUGCGUGUGCUGCCUGCAGUGUGGCUCCAGCUCUCCCGGGUUCCACUGUGAGUGGCAGAAUAACUACACUCACUGCGGGCCCUGUGCCAGCCUGGUCACCUGCCCUGUGUGCCAGGAGAACUUCAUGGAGGAGGAGCUGCUGCUGCAGUGCCAGCACUGCGACCGGUGGGUGCACGCUGUCUGCGAGAGCCUCUACACAGAGGACGAGGCGGAACAGGCCUCUGACGAAGGCUUCACCUGCACCGCCUGCUCCCCCUACGUCCCCAAACCCAUCGUUGUGGAGCCGUCUUACUUCGCUCCUGUGAAGGUGAAAGAACCGGAGCCGCAGGUGUACCGUCUGGAGGGGGUGUGGCUGACGGAGACGGGCAUGUCCGUCCUGCGGAGCAUCUCCCUGUCCCCGAUCCAGAAGAGACGGCCGCGCCGCUCCCGCCCCGGCACCAUCGACGGCCUGGAGCCGAAGGAGGGCGAAGGCUGCGGAGAGCCCAUGGACUGCGACCCCAAGCUGGAGGCCCCUGGGAGUCCGGACGCUGAGGCGGGGCGCGAGAGAGAGCCGGGCCCCGAAGGGGACGCGCCGGGCGGAGCCGAGGGUGCGAAAGCAGGGGCGGAGGACACCGAGGACGCCAAGAAGAGGAAACGCAAGCCCUACAGACCAGGGAUCGGGGGGUUUAUGGUGCGACAGAGGAAGUGCAACCUGUUGAAGAGGCCCUUCUCGCUGAUGCUGAGAGAGGGCGCGGUUGAAGGCCUGCCUGCGGAGCGGUCAACCGAGGAAGGAGGCCACCCUGAUACCCCAGUGGAGGGGCCCCAUGAGCCGAAACCGGCCGAGGGGGAGGCGGAGCAGGCCAAGAAGCGGCGCGGCCGGAAGAAGAGCAAGCUGGAGGACAUGUUCCCAGCGUACCUGCAGGAGGCGUUCUUUGGCAAAACACUGCUGGACCUCAGCAAGAAGGCAGUUCUGGCCCCAGCGGGGCAGAGGCCAGGCCAGUGCCUUGUCCGGCCCCCACAGCCCCCCGCGCCGGCCACACAGGACCAGGGGGGACGACCUGCACCCCUCCCAUCAGCAGAGGGGACAAUGGGAUCACCCAUCCAAGUGAAGCGGGAGUCCCAAACGCAGGAAGAGGGAGCAGGAGCGGCCGGCCAGCCUUCAUCGCCCAAAGCUGAGAGCUCGUCUGCCCUGCAGGGCGCUGGCACAGACACGUCUGAAGGGCCGACCCCGGGGGCGGAGAGCCAGGACUCGGAGCAGUUCUUCCGAAAGGUGCUGGGGGUGCCAGACGGCGCCUCUCUCAGCGGGACCCUGCAAGCCGGCAUGAGGCCCAUCCUGGAGUCGGGACAGGGGGAGGCAAACCGCGGCGGGCCGCCCCAGAAGAUCCUCCCUCCAGGUGACUCCCUCCCGAGCUCUCUGCCUUCUGCCGGUGUGAUGGACACCUUCCCUGCACUCUCCCAGUCCCCGUUCCUCGACAACAGGGACCGGGCCGGCCUGUUCAGCCCGGAGCAGGAAGACGACAGCCCGUGGGCCACGCCCUCCACCCCGGCCACCCCUUGCACGCCCCCCACCCCCACCGAGCAAGAGUGCGACGGCCUCACCUACAACCAGCGCAGCCUGCAGCGCUGGGAGAAGGACGAGGAGCUGGGAGAGCUGUCCACCAUCUCGCCCGUGCUGUACGCCAACAUCAACUUCCCCAGCCUCAAGCAGGACUACCCAGACUGGUCCAGUCGUUGCAAACAGAUCAUGAAGAUCUGGAGGAAAAUAUCUGCGGCAGAGAAGGUUCCAUUUUUGCAAAAGGCCAAAGACAACAGAGCUGCUCAGCGCAUCAGCAAGGCUCAGAAGCAGGCGGAGAGCCAGGUGUGUCGGUCUGUGAAGACCGAGCCCGGACAGCCAAAGGGGGAGCGUCCCAGCCUGCACCUCCAGAUCCCCCCUCCGCCCUCCAGCUCGGGGUCCACGCCCUCCCAGCCCAGCUCUGCGGAGAGCCCCUUCCCCCCGGACUCGGGGGGCUCCUCCAGGGCCUUCUUCCCUGAGGGGCCGGUCAGGACCCCGGGGUCGGCGGACCCCACUCAGUCCCCCCACCCUCACUCUCACCCCGCCGCUCCCUACUGCCAGCCCACGAGCAGCCCCUCGCAGGCCCCCUAUCAGGCCCCCCCGGGCCAGCCCCCCCUCAGCUCACAGGUUGCCCUUCAGGGCCGGCCGCAGCAGGCAGACCCCUUCGCCAGACCUCUGCAGCAGUUACACCACACACCCCAGGAGCCCUCGAGCCCCCGUCAGAGCCCCCAGCCACGAGGUGGGGCACCCACGGGCUCCCCUCUCCUCUCCCCGUCCCACUCCGCCAAUUUCGGAGACUUCCGCCAGCAAGCCUCGCCCUCCCCAGGUCAGCAGCGGGGAGCUCGGCAGGACCCGGUCUCCGGUUCCCCUGCCGGGCCUCUCGACCCCGGGAACGGCCUGUUCAAGGCGCCCCUGACCCCGCGGGCACACCAGCUGGACCCCGGCAGCGUCUCGGGCUGCCAGCCGGUCGGCACCUCACCCAGCCACCCUUCCGAGGCCUACCGCCGGUCCCCCUCGGCCGCGUUCUCCGACCCUUACAGCCAGCCCCCCCUCACCCCGCGCCCGGGGGACAGCUGCUCCCCCUCUCCCCAGAGGCCACUCCUGCAGGACCCCUCCAGAGUGUCAGCCAGCCCGCAGUCCCAGGGCGGCGUGCACUCUCCGCUCACUCCGGGCCCCCUCCCAAAUGAAGCCAUCUGCGUGCAGUCGCCCCCCACGCCCCGCUUCCAGUCCCAGGACCCCUGCUUGCGGCCGCCCUCGCGGCCCCAGUCGAGGGACCCCUUCGCUUCGCUGCAGAAGCCUCCCCAUCCGGCCGCGGCUGCUACAGAGGGCAUCCCGGCCUUCGGGAGGUCUCCUCAGAGCGGCCCGCAGGCUCUGCCCCCCAUGGGGGACCCCCUCUCAGGGAAACCCCCCGGAGCCCCUCCUUUCAGCCGCAGCCCUGGUGUGGAGGUGUUCCCGGGGAGCCCGGCCCAGACACGCCUGCCGCCCCAGCCCCAGCUCCCGCCGGCCCAGCCCCAGCUCCCGCCCUCCGGCAUCGACAGCUACCCUGCGAGGAUGCAGCUGCCCCCCGGAGCCCCCAGCGGCUGCUCCCUACGGCCGCCAGAGGCGCAGCAGGUCCCCGCCCCGCCCAGCUCCCAGGAGCUGGCAGACCUGCCGGGGGCUCAGGACCCGGCACUCAGCGGCCUCAGUCCGGCGGAGCUGGAGAAGCACAGACAGAGACAGAAGCUGAGAGAGCUGUUGAUCCGACAGCAAAUGCAGAGAAACUCACUCCGGCAAGAAAAAGAAGCAGCGGCUGCUAACAGUGGUGCUAACAGUGGUGCCACCAGCUGGCCAGGAGGAGAAUCUGCGCCCUAUCAGUUAGAUAAGGCCCAGCGUGCACCUCCUCCUUACCCACAGGAUCGAGCUGCUGGUAGUCCAGCCGUCGUGGUCGGUAAACCGCCCCUUGUCAUGGGCUCAGUGGAGCUCGGCCGUCCACCUGCUCCCCGGGCACCUGUCAUCAUGGACCCCAACACCAUCAGGCAGCAGGGGCCAAAUAACCCCCAGGGAUUUUACCCCCGCCCCCCCUUCCCUGCCGCGUGGCCUGCACAGGCCGGAAACCUGCGGAGAUUCCCACAGCCGAACGCCGCGGACGCAGGCGGGCCCCGACACCACCUUAACGCCCCCAUGAGCAACCCUGCGAACAUGCCGGGGGUGCAGGCAGCGCCCCACCCCAGCAUGCUGGCUGCAGGCCCCGGGGUGGAGGCCGCGCCCGGCUCGCGCGCCCCCGGGCCCCCUCCGCAGUUCAUCGAGCUCAGGCACAACACGCAGCGCAUGCUCAUGGGCCAGCAGUUCCAGCCCCGGCCACGGCUCCACGCCCCGCAGCAGGAGAUGGGCGCCCCCUUCGCCCAGCCCUCCAUGCCCCUGCCGGCCUUGCCCCCCACCCCCGCCCCCACCCCUCUGGCAGGGGGGGCCUGCGACCCCACACAGGGGCUGCAACAGGGUGGGCUGGCCCUCGGGGCACCCCAGCAGAGUGCACAUCCACCCCAGCUCCAGGUGCAGCCCCACCCCUCGGCCCCCGGCACCACCGCGCCCGGCACCCUCCCAGUUCCCCAGCAGCAGCUCCCGCAAACGGACGCUUUGGGAGCGGAGCAGGCAGCGCCCGCGGACCCCUCUGCCUCCAGGCCCUGCCGUCUGGACCUGCCAGAGCCGGACCUGGACGAUCCCUUCGGACCCAAGGCGCUGGGCGGCGCCGGCGGAGAGGAAGGGGCCGAGGAAGAGGAGGACGACCUGGCAACGCUCGACCUCGGCCCGGACAAGGGCGACGACGAGCUGGGCAACCUGGACAAUCUGGAGACCACGGACCCCCACCUGGCCGACCUGCUGAAGUGCGACGAGUUCGACCUGCUGGCGUACACCGACCCAGAGCUCAACCAGGGCGACCCCAAAGACGCCUUCUCUGACCAGCUGCGACUGGUGGAGGCGGAGAGCGAAGCCCCGGGCCCGUCCAACGCCUCCGCUGUUCCCCCAGACAUCAAAAUGGAGGACAAACCUGUUCCCAAUCUUCCAGUGCAGGAGUCGCUCGAAACUGGCACAUCCUCAACUGUAGAUCCCCCUCCAAAAUCCUCCGCUGCCACCUCUGCAGCUCAGCCUCCCACGCAGCUGGGCUCCUCCCCGGCUGCAGGUCCGAGGCUGGGCACAGUCAAACUGGAGAAGGGCCUGAAGUCAGGACAGAUCACGUGUCCCUUUGAGGGGGUAGUGCAGUCUAAGCAGCAGCAGCAGCCGCCGCUGCCCGCGGUGAAGGACGAGAUGGGAGAUGCUGUCUCUGUGCUGCUGGGCGGAGCAACCGGCGCCACCAAGUCCCCGAGCGGCCUGCCGGCGCAGCAGCCCAACGCGUCCACGCCUCUGGGCUCCGUGCGUUUGGGCGGGCUUUCGUACUCUCUCCCCGGCCACGCCGACCCCCUCGCUUUCCCGCCGGCCACGCCGCACCCCGAUUUGGACGAGGACCCUCUGGGGCUGCCCGACGGCGGCCAGCACUCCCCCGCAGUGGACUUGGACAAAGUGGAAAGCUCCCUGGAGGCCAGCGAGCUGCCCCUGCUGAUCCAGGAUCUGCUGGAGCACGAGAAGAAGGAGCUUCAGAAGCAGCAGCAGCAGCAGCAGCUGAGCUCCUUUCAGCAGGGAGGGCUGAACGCACAUCACAGCAUCCCCCCUCAGCAGCAACCUCCUCCGGGUCCGGGUCCGGGUCCGGGUCCGGGUCCCGCUCAGGGGUUGGUGCUGCAGCACCAACGCCCACCCCCCCAGGGCCUUAUGGGUCAGCAGUUUCAGCCAGGCAUGGGGCAUCUGAAACCACUACACACCAUGCCACCCCAGCAACAGCAGCAGAGGCUGCUAGGUUCGGCCAUGCGCCCAGCGUCUCAUAUGACCAUGGCUCUGCAGCCGGUCACGAUGGGAGCUGGCCAGCCAGGAGGGCAUCACAUGCUGGCUAAUCCGCAACAGCCACCACAGCAGCCCGUGGUGAAGCAGCAACCUCUGAACAACUUCUUCCCAGACACAGAUUUGGACAAGUUUGCAGCGGAGGAUAUCAUUGACCCCAUCGCCAAGGCCAAAAUGGUGGCCCUGCAGGGCAUCAAGAGGGUGAUGGCGCAAGGCCCACUUGGGGUGGCACCUGGCAUCAACAGACAACAGGUAUCUCUCCUAGCUCAGAGGCUGGCAGGAGGCCCAGGAACCAGUGACUCAGAGGGCAGGACCCCACCAGGGCUUGCCAAGGAAGGAGAAACGAGUAAUCCGCCACAAUCCAGACCCAACCCUCCACAGUUCGUUCAAGGAAUCAUCAACGACGCCGAGCAGCAGCAGUACGAGGAGUGGCUCCUGCACACCCAGCAGCUCCUGCAGAUGCAGCUCAAGUUCCUGGAGGAGCAGAUCGGCGUGCACCGCAAGUCCCGCAAGGCCCUGUGCGCCAAGCAGCGCACCGCCAAGAAGGCCGGCCGCGAGUUCGCCGAGGCCGACGCCGAGAAGCUCAAACUGGUCACCGAGCAGCAGAGCAAGAUCCAGAAACAGCUGGACCAGGUGCGUAAGCAGCAGAAAGAGCACACCACGCUGAUGACUGAGUACCGGAACAAGCAGCAGCAGCACCAGCACCAUCAGUCCGCAGGUGUUCUGGCCGCUGGCUCCUCCAAGGCUCCCGGGCAGGUGGUGAUGGGCCAGAAAGGGGUGCCAGUGCUGGGGCAGCAGCCGGUGCGAAUGCCCCCAGGAGCACAGCCAGGACAGCCCUUCCUAGGCGGCGUUCCGCCUCCCCACCCGGGGGCUGUACCCCCCGGCCCGUCUGCAGGAUACUUCCCUCAGGGCCCCGCGGCUCAGACACCUGACGCACGACUGCUGCAAGAACGACAGAUGCAGCUGCAGAGAAUGCAGCUGGUCCAGAAAAUGCAGCAACAGCAGCAAGGGAUGAUGGGACAGCAGCAGGGGGUGGUGGCACAGCAGCAAGGGAUGAUGGGACAACAGCAAGGGAUUGUGGUGCAGCAGCAAGGGAUGAUGGGACAGCAGCAGGGAGUGGUGGCACAGCAGCAGGGGGUGGUGCCACAGCAGCAAGGGAUCAUGGGACAGCAGCAGGGGGUGGUGCCACAGCAGCAAGGGAUGAUGGGACAGCAGCAGGGGGUGGUGCCACAGCAGCAAGGGAUGAUGGGACAGCAGCAGGGGGUGGUGCCACAGCAGCAAGGGAUGAUGGGACAGCAUUCAGUACCACAGCAAGCAUUGCAGCAGUCUGAUGCUGGGGUUGCACAGCCAGUGCCAGGCAUGAUGGGUGCACCUGUAAUGGCUCAACAGCAGCCGCCCCAACAGCAAGGCAUGAUGGGGUCCCAGCAGAUGCAGCUUCAGAAUCAGCAGGGCCCGGUCCCGGCAAUGCAGGGCCGGGGGGGAAACCAGGCUCUAGCCCAGCUCCCACAGAACCCCAUGAUGGCAGCCCAGCAAGGAAUGAUGGGAAACCAACAGAUGAUGCUUCAGCAGCAUCAGAGACCACAGGGUAUAAUGUCCCAGCCAGGGGCAGUGGGCCCCCACCAGGGUCAGCUCACAGCCCAGCAGCAGAAUGCACUAGCACAACGCAUGCUCCUCGCUCAACAGCAGCAGAACGCUGCAAAGAACCUGGCACAGCAACAGCAACAGCAGCUGCAACAGCAACAGCAACAGCAGCACUUGCAGCAGCAGCCAUCGUUCAUGAAACCGACCAAUCAGCCGUCAGAUCCUGCAGGAGAGCUCCAUCCUGCUCCCCCUCUGCUGGGCGUGGCUGAAACCACUCGGGAAGGGGCCCCUGAGGGUCUGCAGCAAGGGGUGCCCAGCUUUCCCCAGGACACCCAAAACGCUGCUUCCGGUGAGGGCAGGAUACUCACGCCAAACACGCCACAACGGCAAGGGCCCUCACCUGCUCUCCACAUGCAGCGCCCAGCCUCUGCUGGCGACCAGCAGGGGGCAGUGAUGCAGCAGCAGCCGUCUCAUAUGUUCAUGGCUCAGCAGCAGCAGCUGGCAAACCCUGCCACUUCAGCAGGGCUCCAGCCGCAGCAGGUGUAUCCCGGCGGCCAGCAGGCCGGCGUUCCCUCCCCAGCACCACAGCAGCAGCUGGGCCUGCACAGGCAGGGCUCCCUGGGUGGAGAAACGCCCAGCCCGGUCACAGUGAAGCAGGAGGGACAGCAGAUGUGUUACCUCGCCCAGCAGCAGCAGCAGCAGCAACAGCAACAGCAGGGCUCUGCAAGCGGCCAACAGCCGCAGGACGCGAUGAGACAGCAGCACGAAGGGCCCGGGCAGCUGCAGAGCAUGAUGGGGCAGAAUCUGCCUGGCCAGCCCCAGCAAAUGUUGGCCCACCCAGACCAGCAGCAGCAGCAGCAGGCCCUCCUGGCACAGCAGCAGAAGCAGGCCAUGAUGGGACAGAGGCUUAUGAUGGGGGCACAGCAGCAGGGAGCGAUGGGCCAGAGGCCCGGGGCGCCCAUGGGGCAAAUCCGGAUGCCGGUGAAUCUCCAGGCUUUUAUCGCCCAGAACCCCCAGCUGCGCCACCUCACACCGGCACAGCAGGUCCAGCACAUCCAGGCCAUGAUUGCCCAGCGGCAGCAGAUGCAGGGGCACAUUCCGAGGGCUCCUGUGGCCCAGGGGCCCGGCCAAAUCCAGGACAGGCAGGGCCAGGCCCAGCAGGUCGGACAGCAGGUGCAGGGUUUGGGACCGCAGCAGCAGCUGUAUCAGGGAGCGGUGGGGCAGCAAGGGGUGGUGGGGCAGCCUCAGUUGCAGCAAAGCAUGAUGGGGUCUCAGCAACAGCCGCAGCAGCAGCAGCAGUCGAAUAUGCCAGGACAGAUGCCCAUACAACAUCAGCUGAAUCAGCCACUGCAACAGGGAGCCUCUCCCCAGUGUGGUCUCACAGCCCAGCAGCAGCAAGGGGUCAGAGGUCAGAUGGUCAUGAUGCAGGCUGGCGGACAGGGGUGCGUCGCUCCCCAGGGCCGUAUGAUCAGACCGGUGUUGCCUCAUCAGGCUUUGUGCCAGAGCUCCCCUGGAGACCCCCUGUCUAUCCAGGCACAGCAUCUGCAGCAGCAGCGCCACCUUCUGGCCAUGAGGAUGCGUCAGCCCUCACCCACGCAGGCACCCCUGCACAAGCAGCUCCUGCACCAGUCAGAGCUUCAGCCCCACACCCCGGCAGCCUCCAGCCCGUUCCAUGCGCCUCUAGCCCGGGCCGGCUCUGAGGGGUCCCCGGCAGGGCCGACCCGCCCCGGCUCCUCGGACGCGGGCCUCCUGUCCCCUCUCCAAAAACAUGAGUCCAGCCGCAGCCCGUGUCCCAUCGCCAAGCAGGAAUCGGGAGCGGUCACCCCCUCCUCCGGCUCCGCAGCCCGGCCCCCGGACCAGCCGGGUCCGAAGUCUGAGCCCCCGUCCUCGUUAAAGCCGGCCAGCGGGUGCUGGGAGAGCUCGCAGCCGCGGGCCACAGCCGGGCGGCCCCCGGGGCCUGGGCCGGGGGCUGUGUGCGGGGUAACCCUACCCAACAUCAAGCAGGAGCCCGGGGAGGCGCACUGCAACGCCGGGGACGUCAAGCGGGAGGCCGGCAGCGACGCCGCCACGCCGCAGGCCCGCCACACCGAGACCGGCCAGCAGCUCCUGCAGAAGCUGCUCCGGACCAAAAACCUGCAGAUGGCGGCCCAGAGGCCUCCUGACGGCAUCCACAGCGAGAUCAACGGCCACAUCAACAGCAAGCUGGCCAUGCUGGAGCAGAAGCUGCAGGGCACCCCGCGCAACAUGGAGGACCUGCAGUCCAUCACCAAGAAGCCCCCCGCAGCCAAGACGAAGCGACCCGCCAAGGUGUGCGUGCCCAAUUCCCGGAAGAAGACCAAAAAAGAGGAGACGGGGAAGAGCACGGAGGCUCUGAUGAAGCAGCUGAAGCAGGAGCUCUCUCUCCUUCCACUGAUGGAGCCCUCCAUCACCGCCAAUCUGGAGCUGUUCACGCCCUUCGGCAGCAGCUCGGCCAAUGGGAAAGCCCAGCUGAAGGGCGCCUUUGGCAGCGCAGUGCUGGACAACAUCCCAGACUACUACUCCCAGCUGCUCACGAAGAACAACAUGAGUAACCCGCCCACCCCCCCUUCGUCGCUGCCCCCCACCCCCCCGCCCUCGGUGCAGCACAGGCUGCUGAACGGGGUGACGGCCGUGGAGGAGCUCUCCGAGGGACAGAAGGAGGCCGAAGCGCUGGAGGAAGCCAAGGAUUCGGCGGCCAAGGAGGUGAAGAACGUCGAUUUGCUGGCAGCGCUUCCCACACCCCCGCACAACCAGAACGAGGACAUCAGAAUGGAGAGCGACGAGGACAGCGACGCCCCGGACAGCGUGGUCCCGGCCUCCUCCCCAGAGAGCGUGCUGCAGGACGAGGCGCCCCGCUUCCCUGUCCUGGGGGAGCCCAAGCAGGAGGAGUACGAGAGAGCCAUCUCUCCCGUCAUUCCCAUCAUCCCCCGCUCCGCCAUACCCGUUUUCCCAGAGAGUAAGCCCUUCGAGCUCCCGAGCUCGUUCUCGGAGCAGGCUGGGAAGCUGGCGUCCAGGUCGAGCCCCUGGGACAAGGCCAAGAGCAACGCGGUUUCUGUCACGGUCACCCUCUCUGCCGCAGCGGCCAAGAACCUGAACACAGUGAUGAUGGCGAUGGCCCAGCUUCUGCACAUGCAGAUGCCCGGCUCGUAUGAGGUGACCUUCCCCCAGAGCCCUGGGAGAGGCGUGGACAGCGAAGCAGCCAAAGGCCCCAACACACCAACCCCAGGUUCUGUGUGUGUGAAGCUGGGCCCAGCUGAGAGGGACUCAAAGGCAGAAAAGGCUGAGUGGCUUAAGCAGUGUGAUGUGUCCUUGCCUGGCUGUACUCUGAAGAAGGAGGUGGACAUCCUGUCUUUCCUCAGUCCGGAGUGUGCGGAGCCUGAGGACAGACCGGUUCAGCACUGUUACAUGAACAAUGUGUCUGAUCUGGAUGUGCGACACCUGCCCGUCAUGCCUGUGGAGGCGUCCCCGCCCCCGUCGCCCUCCCCCCCUCCUCCACCCCCUCCUCCACCCCCACUAGCACAACCACCGCCAUCUGAGUCUCCUGCUCAGCCCACCUCCCCUCCCCCCUCCAGCCCCCGAAGCCCUCCAAUCAAAACCGAGCCUGAGCAAGACUCCGCCCCUCCGGGGGACCCCGCGGCUCCGCCCGCCCAGCCGGGGCUGGCCUGCCCGGCCCCGGACGCGUUCCCCAAGGCCCCCAAACCGCGCGGCCGGCCCCCGUCGGAGAGCGGCGAGGAGACACGGCCCAAGGCCAAGCGCUGGAAGGGCCUGCGCUGGAAGCGGCUGCAGCUGGUGAUCAGCAUCCGCAAGGCCGGCUCGCGCAGGGAGAGCGGCCGCGAGGUGGCCGAGCUGAUGGAGCGUCUGCGCAUCACGCUGCGGCCCGACAAGCUGCCGCGCGACCGCCGCAAGUGCUGCUUCUGCCACGAGGAGGGCGACGGCGCCACCGACGGGCCCGCGCGCCUCCUCAACAUCGACGUCGACCUGUGGGUGCACCUCAACUGCGCCCUCUGGUCCACCGAGGUGUACGAGACGCAGGGCGGCGCGCUCAUCAACGUGGAGGUGGCGCUGCGGCGGGGUCUGCGCACGCGCUGCGCGGGCUGCCAGAAGACGGGCGCCACCAGCAGCUGCGGCCGCCUGCGCUGCCCCAACGUCUACCACUUCGCCUGCGCCGUGCGCGCCCGCUGCAUGUUCUUCAAGGACAAGACCAUGCUGUGCACGCAGCACAAGCUGAAGGGCCCGAGCGAGGAGGAGCUGAGCAGCUUCGCUGUCUUCCGCCGCGUCUACGUGGAGCGCGACGAGGUGAAGCAGAUCGCCAGCAUCCUGCAGCGGGGCGACCGCGUGCACCUGUUCCGCGUGGGCGGCCUCAUCUUCCACGCCGCCGGCCAGCUGCUGCCCUCGCAGAUGGCGGCCUUCCACUCGCCCGCCGCCAUCUUCCCCGUGGGCUACGAGGCCACGCGCAUCUACUGGAGCACGCGCGUGCCCAACCGCCGCUGCCGCUACCGCUGCCGCAUCAGCGAGGCCGACGGCCGCCCGCUCUUCGAGGUGCGCGUGCUGGAGCAGGGCCAGGAGGACCUGCUGCUCCAGGACUCCACGCCCGAGGGGAUCUGGAAUCGGAUCGUGGAGCAGGUGGCCGCGCUGCGCAAGGAGGCGUCCAUGCUGAGGCUCUUCACCGACCACGUGAAGGGAGAGGACAUGUACGGCCUGACCGUCCACGCGGUGCUCCGCAUCACCGAGUCCCUCCCGGGGGUGGAGAACUGCCAGAACUACGUCUUCCGCUAUGGCCGCAACCCCCUGAUGGAGCUUCCACUAAUGAUCAACCCCACCGGCUGUGCCCGCUCGGAGCCCAAGAUCCUGACUCACUACAAGAGGCCACACACUUUAAACAGCACCAGUGUGUCCAAGGCCUACCAGAGCACCUUCACGGGCGAGAUCAACACGCCCUACAGCAAGCAGUUCGUCCACUCCAAGUCCUCGCAGUACCGGCGGCUGAAGACCGAGUGGAAGAACAACGUGUACCUGGCCCGCUCGCGCAUCCAGGGCCUGGGGCUGUACGCCGCCAAGGACCUGGAGAAGCACACCAUGGUCAUCGAGUACAUCGGCACCAUCAUUCGCAACGAGGUGGCCAACCGCCGCGAGAAGAUCUACGAGGAGCAGAACCGAGGGAUCUACAUGUUCAGGAUCAACAAUGAGCAUGUGAUCGAUGCCACUCUGACCGGCGGCCCCGCCCGAUACGUCAACCACUCCUGCGCCCCCAACUGCGUGGCCGAGGUGGUGACUUUCGACAAGGAGGACAAGAUCAUCAUCAUCUCCAGCCGUAGGAUCCCAAAGGGAGAGGAGCUGACCUACGACUAUCAGUUUGACUUUGAGGACGAUCAGCACAAGAUCCCCUGCCACUGCGGGGCCUGGAACUGUCGCAAGUGGAUGAACUGAAAGGGGAGGAGCUUGGAGAGAGAGAGAGAAAGGGAGAAGGGUACCGUGCACCCCUCCACCAGCCCUGGAACCUGCUCUUACACCAAGCCUGUAGAAAUCCUGCCACCCAGUCCAUAAGCUUUUCACAGGACAGAAAUGUUUACUUUCAAAUAAGGAAAUUUAAAAGACCAAGACUUGAAUAUGAAUUGAUGAUGUCCGAUGGGAGAUAUUGCAGCGGGAUCCAAAGCGACCGAGGGAGAACUCGGUUUGAGAUGAAGAUAAGCAACCACUCUAUCCACUUUCCUUCCCCCUUAUUCUGUGCAAGAUAGCAUGACGAAUAACCAGGACUAUCUUAGAAAGAAUUUGGUACUACUGAGAAUGAGAGCGGUUUGAACUCGGCGCCCCUUCCCAGCACUGCUGCCCCACUGAAGGAAGUCUGAUUGGCUGCCACUCCUCUUUUUCUGCAGAUCCCACGCGGUUAAUCUGAUUGGCUGCCACUCCUCUUUUUCUGCAGAUCCCAUACGGUUAAUCUGAUUGGCUGCCACUCCUCUUUUUCUGCAGAUCCCAUGCGGUUAAUCUGAUUGGCUGCCACUCCUCUUUUUCUGCAGAUCUUGUGUGAAUGAUAUCACAUUUCUUUUGGUGAGCUUCAGAGCAACAGCGAAGAAAGCCCAACCAAUGCCUGCCGAGCUAUAGUUACUCUUCUACUCCUUCUUCUACUCCUACACUCUGUGCAAUCAAACACAAACUCUUCUGCUAGUUCAUUGAAAAUUGUGGAUAUCAGCUGGACAAUCCUGAAAUGGGCUUAAAGUAACUUUAUAAUGCGCAAAGUAAAGGCCCACAGACACCGCAAAAUCAAGGAGCGUGUCGAUGUUUGCGGUCUGUGGCUGAUGCUAUACUGUGCGUAACUGAAGGUGGGUUAGUCGAACCCGAUCUACCUCAUCGAGUCUGUAGGUUUUCUUGGCUUUGUAAUAAUCAAA